AUGUCGACAAAUACAGAAUCAACGUCAACAGCAGAGCCCGUGGACAAGAUCCUGCUCAUCAACGGACCCAACCUGAAUCUGUUAGGGCUGCGUGAACCGUCCAUCUACGGUAGCACGACGCUGGCACAACUCACGUCCUCCAUCGUCGAGCGUGGCUCGAAGCUCAACAUCACCGUUGUGCCGUUCCAAUCCAACCACGAGGGCGCGAUCGUCGACUUUUUGCAUUCCCAUUUCACGCCGGCGACCUCAAGUUUAAAUAGCACGACUUCCUCCACCUCCUCAUCUACCCCCCAACAAUCACCAAGCACCAAAAAAGGACGAACAGCAGUAAUAAUCAACCCAGCCGCCUACACGCACACGAGCGUCGCGAUCCGGGACGCCCUGCUGGCGACGUCGAUGCCCUUCGUCGAGGUCCACAUCAGCAAUGUCCACGCGCGCGAGGAGUUCCGCCACCAGAGCUUUUUGAGUGACAAGGCCAUCGGCGUUGUCAUGGGCCUCGGCGUCUAUGGAUAUACCGCCGCGCUGGAGUUCUGGGCUGGGCGCUGGAGGGAUGAGGAUGCUGCCACCGGCGCCGCUGCUGCCAGAGUUAGUUAG